CCUUUGCGAGAGUAAAUAAGAGACAGAAAAAGGACUUUUUUGUUUAAUUUCGAGACCAAUUGUGAACAAAAAGCAAUGAAAAUGAGGAACGGAAUGGAAAAUGGAAUUUCUCAUAAAAUUGCUUUGAACAAAGUCCUGCCAGAUGCGCCAAUUCCGCCAAAUAAUGCAAAAUACAAGUCUUGCUAUUGCUGCCCUUUCGGAUUUCACAUCGACUUGGAUUUCGUCAAAUAUUGCGAGGAAUUGUCGAAUAGUGCGGUGCAGUCAAAUGGCACAAGAAGCAUCCGGAGAGAUCGUCGGCGACAACGUGAAAGCAUGGAAGUGAUGUUGGGCAUCGAUGACACUUGGAUAAGCAGCAACGGAACUUCGUUAGUUAAUGAGAUUAUUCCGGAGUCCGAUUCAGAAACUCCCAUAGCUCCUCGUCGCCAAGAGCGCGAACGUGAUUGGGUUUCUCAAAUUAAUGAUAUUCCAAUUAAUGGUUUUCAUAAAGGCACAAAUGGUUACGAUACGACAGAUAAGAAGCUCUAUCCGUUGAAACAAACGCCCAGCUUUCUCGAAGAUGUUUGCGACGACUUUGAACGUACUUUGGAGCGUUCGAAGACAAAAACAACGCGUCAAGUGCAAAUUGCAGAUGCUGUUGAUUAUUACUCGUAUUCAAACUCGUCUUCGGGAGGUUCUGUAGCAAGUAGUCAAGUCGAUAAUUUAAGAGAAACGCAUAGACUGAACAGCCUGAACAAUGAACUUCAGUUGGAACAUGAAAUCGACACAGCGAGCGAAAUCAGUUGCGGCUCAGAAGUCAGUAAAGCAGCUUUACACGCGAUACGCGAACAAAUGGCCUUAAGUUUAGCUCGAAUGAAAGAUUUAGAGGAUCAAGUUAAGCUGAUACCAAAUUUGCAGAAUCAGCUUGUCACCCUCAAAAAAGAAAAGCAACAACUUCACACAGAAUUGCGAAAAGCUGAAGAAACGUAUCAACGUCAACUUCAAGAACAACUCGAACAACAAGAAAAAAGCUUCCGUUCAGCAAGCAAAUCAACUUCUCCGCCAACGACAACUACUUCCGGGAUCUUUACGCCGCAACGAGUGUCGCCCGUGUCUCUUUCUAGUCUCAAUGAUCACAUCAAAACGACGCAAGCAACGAAGCAGCAACGUUCAACGGGCACUCAAGGCACGCCAAUUACUCGAGAUGUUGGAUGUUCGCCGCCUCCUGUGACAAAAACUUACAGCACGGGCGUUUAUACGGACAUUUCAAUCGCUCCAACGGAGAAAAUUUACACAAAACGCGAUCUUGAGGCUUCUUUGAAGGAACAGAAACACAAACAAGACCUCGAUCGUUUGAGAAAAAGCAUUUCUGUGGGAGUUCAGAUCAGCGACGGGCGAAGUUGCUCAUCUUCACGUCAAACAGGCACUCAAACUGUCCCCUUAAUUGAUGCCAUUCAAAAAACGACGAUCGCUGUGAUGUGUCGUCCUGAACAACGUGACGUCAGUGUCUCGUAUGCGCCUCAAUUGCGAUCUGUGGGAAUUUCGGAUCACACAAUCGACGCCCCGAAAUGCGAAAAAUGUGACAUUCGUAAAUUUUCGGUAGCGGUUGGACCUGAUACUGUUGCCGAAGUCAAACCAUCUCUUCCCGGAAUCUCCUUGAAAGCUUUGGAUCAGCGCAGUUUGAGUUUCAGCUUGGCAGAAAACGAAAAACUCAAGAUUCGUCGAAAGCAUGCGGGAGUUCAAGUCUCAUCGGCAAUGUCAAACGCCGCAAUUCAACAUUCGCCGUUGCUCGUGACGAAACAAGUGCAAUACAGUCCCGAUACCAUCACGCAACAAACAGAUACAAAAGGCUUGAUUGACACAAAGAACAAUUUCACGUUAACGGAUCAUCGUUUGCACAAAUCCAAGGAAUCUGCGACAAAUACUGAAGUUAUUCGUACACGCGAGAACGGAACAAACGUCAAAAUUCACGAAAAAACAUCCGAUUUCGGGACAAAUACGGAAAAAAUUCACAAAAAAGACGCAAGUUGCGGCGAAUUGACGUCAGUUCAGCAGCAAAAGGGACACAUUCAGAUCGUUUGUGCCGAAAAUUAUUGUGAUUCGUGCAAAGAUAGCAUCAAGUCGUUGGCGAAGGAGUUUGCAAAGGCAACGGAAAAGCCUCCAAUGACACUUUCGCUGACAAAAAGUAACGUAAUGACGACGAGCACAGAGUCAAUGAUUGCCAAUGAACGUAAAACGACAGAAUCGAAGAUCCCGAAACCGGCGUUGACAACUCCGAGUCCCACGGCGCAGAGGAAAUUCGUGAGACAAAAUACUUAUACAGUCGAUAGUCCGAGUGUUGAAAAGUCAUUUAUUCCGUUUGAGAGGAAAAGUACGUUUACGAUUAAGACUCCCGAGCCUGUGAAGAAAACGUUUGGAUUGAGUUUAUCAUCUCUAAAAUCGCCUCCUAGUUCAUCGACGCAGUCAACCAGCACAUCGCAGAGCUCAUUGACGACAGUUAUCGCGCGAGAAGAUGCCGAAGCUGUCGCAUUAGAGCAAACGCAGAUCCCAACUCCCACAGAAAUUGCCGAAACUGAGUCAGAAAUUGCCUUUUUGAAGCGUCAAACGUGCGAUUUGUUCUCGACAAUUGAAAAGGAGAGCUCGCCAAUUCGAGGCCUUACACCGAUAAUGCGAACGACAACAACCACGGGCGAAAUUAACUCGCCGUGUCCCGUUCAUUUGCACACCGGAAAGGAUUUCGACGAAGACGACGUGAAAGUUGAGACGCCCGAAGGCGAAAAAGGCAACGUUUCUCCCGUUUUCGAGCAAAGCGAAGAGGAUGAAGAGCGACGCGGAAAUAUCAGAAGUCCCUCGAUGGAAGAAAUUACGCAACCAAGAAGUGCAGAGGCGCUUUACAAUCAAAUUAUGCAAUCAAGCACUGAACGAAAGAAGGCUGUUCCAUCAAAAGAGAUGCAAGCAGCGUUAAAAGUCAUCAACGAUUCCCUCCAAAAGUCAUCAGGAGCAGCAAGCAACUUGAAAAGCGCAAAUAAAAUCGUACAAAAAGAAUGGUUUCAAAUCUCGAGCACAGAUUCUGCGGAUCCGCUUGACGUUGAGGAUUAUCUCGAUUGCUUCGAUGAGUAUUCGAGUGAUCUUCUCUCGUAUAUGGUCAAUUAUGUGGAUGGCAAUGGCAACACCGCAAUGCAUUACGCCGUAUCGCAUGGCAACUUUGACGUCGUAUCCAUCUUGCUGGAUUCCAAGGUUUGCAACGUAAACCAAACGAAUAACGCCGGAUACACGUGUGUCAUGCUCGUCUCCCUUGCGAAACUCAAGUCAUCCGAACAUCGCACAGUCGUUCAACGAUUGUUCCAAUUGUCGGAUGUCAACAUUCGGGCCAAAAAGCACAAUCAAACUGCUUUAAUGCUCGCCGUGUCGCACGGAAAUCUCGAAAUGGUCAAAAUGCUCCUCGAAGCAGGUGCCGACAUCAAUAUUCAGGAUGACGACGGCAGUACGGCGCUCAUGUGUGCCGCAGAACACGGAAGAAUUGACAUUGUAAAACUCCUUCUUGCUCAACCGGAUUGCGAUUCGACGAUUCAAGACAUUGAUGGAAGUACAGCUCUAAAAAUCUCCCUCGAAGCAGGAUAUCGUGACAUUGGGGUUUUAUUAUACGCUCACGAACACAUGUCACGCAACAAAUCUCCUUAUGCAUCGCUGCGACGCAAAAAGGAACGAACUAUCUCGGGAGGCAGUAAUGGCGGAGGCGCCGGAAACAAUUACAGAUCAAGCUCAGCACGAACAUCUCCGUUGCCGAGUCCCAAACUCCCGAUGAAAAAGGAGCCAUUUAGAAAUUAACGCUGAAAAAACCGAAACUAACCUGCUGCGCCUUUCAAUUUCACCGAAAGGACAGAAAAUUAUAUCAAAAAUCAUAUUUAUAAAAUUUUUGCCAUACAGUGAAUGUGACUAACAAAAAUAUAUCAGUAGUGAAAAAAAUUAGUGAGAAAAGUAAAUAACAUAUUUUAGAUAAAUAUUAAAUGUUUUCAGAAAAAAAAAACGAAAAACUCAAAAAUUUAAACUAACCAAUGUUAAAAAAAUGAAUUUUUGGUCCUUUUACUUAAAAAAAUAUUUUAAAAAUGAUUUAUUUGAAUCCAGUGGCUUUAAAAAAAAUUCGAAAAAAAUAAUUAAUUCUAAAAAAAAAAUAAUAUUUAUUGAAAAAUGGGCGAGUCACUCCCAAAAAAUGAUUUUAAUCCUACUUUAAUGAACUUUUUGUAUUAAUUAUGUUUAAAAAAAAAACGAUGAAAUUUACUAAAAAU